AUGUCAAAUAUAUUAUUCGAAGAUAACUUUGAAGUAAAGGAUAUUGAUCCUGAUGGAAAGAAAUUCGAUAGAGUAUCAAGAUAUGUUUGUCAAAGUGAAAGUUAUGAAAUGGACCUUCAUUUAGAUCUCGCAACUCAUAUAUAUCAAUUGGGACAUGAAAAGUUUAAACUUGUUCUAGCAUCAUCACUCAGUCUUGAUGGUUCAUUGGAGCAAGUAGCAUUCGAUAGCAACAAACCAUCUUUGGCCGAUAAAUACGAUUAUGUCAUGUAUGGAAAGAUCUUUAAAUAUCAAAAGGAGGUUUCUUCAAAAGUUUCUAUUUUUGCAUCAUUUGGUGGAUUAUUAAUGUUACUUCAAGGUGAUCCAAGAUAUUUACCUGGUUUGGAAUUGGAUUCUCGUUUAAAUCAAACUACUUCUACGACGAUAGAUAGACUCUAUAAAUAUACAAAGAACACGACACAACAAACGAAUAAAUAUCAAGAAUACAAACAAAAAUAG